GAAGUCGAGUGCAUUUUUACACUUCUGCCUGGAGCAACUUCACCAACUCCUGCAAUGCGUUAUCGAGAAGUUCCUUAAGAAACAUUUACGGCGCUGUAUAACCUCUAAUUCCGUUUCCGGUAUUCUUGAACUAGCUCUUCGCGGUCCGUCAUGCCAUCUAUCCUCAGUGACGCCGACAAAGAAACCGUCAAGAGGACUGUCCCCAAACCGGCGAACAAGAUCCACGCUGUAGCUGUUGCGCGAUUAUAUGUGGCCUACCCGGAUCCUCAAAAAUGGACAUACACAGGUCUACAGGGUGCCGUCGUCCUGGCGAAUGAUUUAGUCGGGCGGACCUUCUGGUUGAAGCUGGUGGAUGUAUCGCCCGCUGGACGAGGUGUUAUCUGGGACCAGGAGAUCUACGAUAAUUUCCCCUAUAACCAAGACCGAACAUUCUUUCACACGUUUGAGCUGGAAGAGUGUGCCGCUGGUUUAUCCUUUGCUGACGAGAAGGAAGCUAAAACGUUCAUCAAGAAAAUGCAAGAGCGGGAGAAAAAUGUGAGCAAAGAAACCCGGCAGACACCUUUCGCAUCCACUCGUGGUCAAGGCCCUGCUCCCAUAGCAAAUGGUAAACACGGCGUAGGACGGUCGAUUUUCGGUAGCCUGCUAGGCCAUCGGUCAACAUCGGGGUCAAAUGCGCCUCCACCAGUAGCACAUACAGAACCUCCUGCGCCCUCCAUUCAAGUCGCACCUCCCCCACCCAGCAGCCCUCCGCGCAAGCCCUUGCCCUUCGACACCAGUGAUCCGUCAUGGAAAGGUCUUCUGGACGAACUCUUGCAGAUGGGCAUCACGGAAGACCAAAUCGCGGAGAAUUCGGACUUUAUCAAGGCAUAUAUUGAGCAGAAACAAAGCAACGGGGUCGAUUCUGCUCCGUCUCCAGCUGAGGAUAAAAGGGGCAAAGCUCCCCCUCCGCCUCCUCCAUCGGCGCCCCCUGCCCCUAAGUCGAGUUCUAUAAGCCCGCAACAUACAGGUAAUAGUACGGGUAGUCGGCGAGGCGCUCCGCCACCACCUCCGCCAUCACGGAGAACUCGUGCUGAAGCAGAGGAAGAGUCGCCUGCAUCCACUCGCGAACCAUCCCCGCCCCGGCCCAGAUUCCGAGCGCCGCCUCCAAUUGCAGAUGCUGGCAAAUUUGCGCACAGCAAUGGGCCCCCUCUUCCCGGCCGACAACGAGCAUUAUCGGGCGCGAAUCCUGGGCCUCCUCCCCCACCACGACCUCCAAAGACUCCUAUGGAUGAUAGUCAACCCCGGUUUGGGGUGCCUCCACCUUUCCAAGGAGAGCGAAAGGUGUCCGCUCCUCCAGCACCACCCAGCCGUAACCCAGCGCCUCCAGGGCCACCGCCACGGCCACCUCCCCGCUCGUCAAGCCCUGCGGUACCGCCACAGCUUCCUCCCAAAGUGCCCCAUGGCCAGGGAUCAACGCCAGCACCUCCCCCACCACCCCCGAGAAGUCCGGCCAGCCAACCUCCUCCUCCGCCUGUGCCAGCUGCUUCCCGGCCCACGCCUCCUCCACCUGCAUCUAGCGCGGUGCCCCCUCCACCACCACCACCACCGACUUCAUCAAGCGUUCCUCCGCCGCCUCCACCGCCUCCGCCGCACCCUUCAUCAAGCCCAAGUCCUUCUGUGCCUCCUCCCCCUCCCCCUCCCACGUCGAGCGUAGCUGCUCCUCCUCCUCCGCCGCCACCACCUCCUCCAUCAUCAAGCAGAAGCCCUCCAGCUCCUCCGCCGCCACCACCACCCCCAUCUUCGGGCAUACCUCCGCCUCCCCCUCCGCCCGGCAGAGGCCCCUUAGCCCCCCCUCCCCCUCCACCCCCAGCGCCAGCUGGCGGAGCUCCGCCGCCACCACCACCUCCUGCAGCUGGUGCUCCUCCGCCUCCUCCUCCCCCUGCAGGUGGAGCAGCCCCACCUUUGCCCACACCUGCUGGUGGGAGAGACGACCUUAUGGCUGCCAUUAGGGCAUCCGGAGGCAAGGGUGGCGGAGGCUUGCGGAAGGUCAAAGACACCGACAAGAAGGAUCGUAGCGCGGCGAUGGUUCCUGGGUCUGCCAACGAAUCAUCCGCAGCUUCAACAGGGGGCGGUGCUGCUCAGGGUGGUAUGGCAGGCGCGCUUAAAGCCGCUCUGGACAAGAGAAAGCAGAAAGUUAGCGGUAGCGAUGAUGAAAAGGACGACGACGAUGAUUGGUAAGCUUGGUGGCUACUUCUUAUCUUUGCUUCAUAUGUUGCUGUGGGUUAGACCGGUCUAGUUUCGUUUGAUACCUACAUAUUGCAGCGUUCUUCAUCUCAAUAUUCAGCAUUAUUCUUCAAUUCAGCAGAUGUCGGUUGGGGUUUUCCCGCUAAAAAGGCUCCUUCAUGUAGCAAAAGCAAUGUCUUGCAAUAGUCUGGGAUGAUCCGACAAGCAAAUA